GAUGGGGGGCUUUUAUCCAUUUCCGCAGUCACAUAAUCAAUCAAUCAGUAGCUGAACUGGGUUCCACACAGCCACGAAAACAAAUUAACUGAAAAAGCCCCCAAAACGCAAAAUAAAUAGCAAAAACAAAAGCGCCCAACUUAAUCCGUUCUGGAAGUCCGUUUGACUUCCGAAUUGUUCGAAAACCAAGGCACAGCUUCUGAUUGGUGCAGGCGCCCCGGAAACAACAGCCGACAGCCACAUCGGACAUUCGGCUUCCGGAAAACGUUCGGAAACCGGAACACUUCCAGGUUUUCGAUGUCUGGGAACCAAGGUGUUUGAGAACUAAGGUACCGCUGUAAUUUCACAUUUAUUGAAAGUAUUUAGUUUAACGAAUUCACAGAGCUGGUAUUGGGGGAGCCUCCCAUAGCUUUCGUUUCCCCUCUUUUCUUUACAGGGCAGCGACGGAGACAAGAGCGAAGAAAAUUUGGUGGUUGAUGAGCUUUGCGUGCGUAUAAUAGAACUUCUCGCGGGCGUAUAGAUAUUUCCAAGUUAAUGACAGUAGGCUAUGGUCUGUGGGUUAAACCACAGAGCCUAGGACUUGCCAAUCGGAAGGUCGGCGGUUCGAAUCCCCGCGACGGGGUGAGCUCCCGUCGCUCGGUCCCUGCUCCUGCCAACCUAGCAGUUCGAAAGCACGUCAAAGUGCAAGUAGAUAAAUAGGUACCGCUCCGGCGGGAAGGUAAACGGCGUUUCCGUGCGCUGCUCUGGUUUGCCAGAAGCGGCUUAGUCCUGCUGGCCACAUGACCCGGAAGCUGUACGCCGGCUCCCUCGGCCAUAAAGCGAGAUGAGCGCCGCAACCCCAGAGUCGGCCACAACUGGACCUAAUGGUCAGGGGUCCCUUUACCUUUACUAUGGUCUUUGUGGGCGUUUCCUGCAUUCAGGCAGACUUCUGAACCGUUGAAGAAAAGCUUGCCCUAUAGCCAAUAUCCAAGGCAAGAAAAGAAGUCGCAGUUUAGAAACUGAUGAUCGAGAAGCGUCCCAAAAAAUUGUCAUGGAGGAAGGGGAAGUCGUGAAGCAAUGCACCUGCAAAUAAACAAGGAAUUAAACAUGCAAAUAAGGGAUCCGGGUGACGCUGUGGGUUAAACCACAGAGCCUAAGGUUUGCCGAUCAGAAGGUCGGUGGUUGACGGGGUGAGCUCCCGUUGCUCGGUCCCUGCUCCUGCCAACCUAGCAGUUCAAAAGCACAAAGUGCAAGUAGAUAAAUAGGUACCGCUCCAGCAGGAAGGUAAACAGAUGGUCCCCAGGGCUAGCUGGCUGAAUUGGUCCUACUUGGGGCAGCGAGGAGGCCAGGGGAGAAUUAGCUGUGGGGUCUCAGAGCGAGUGAUCUUCAUAAAAGGGAAGAGAAAGGAAAUAAAAGAUCAGGCUGGAUUCAAAUUAAACUAGAAGGGGGUUAGUCCCGCUUCACAAGCCGAAGCCCGUUUUGCUCGUUCGAUGCACCAGUAUUGGCUGCUGAGAAUUUUUGUUUGAGGUCUGCAGAAAGCAGAUAUCUGAACAGGAAUCAUUUACCGUAUUUUUCGCUCUAUAAGACGCACCAGACCACAAGACGCACCUAAUUUUUGGAGGAGAAAAACAAGAAAAAAAAUAUUCUGAAUCUCAGAAGCCAGACCAGCAAGAGGGAUCGCUGCGCAGCGAAAGCAGCAAUCCCUCUUGCUGUUCUGGCUUCUGGGAUGGCUGCGCAGCCUGCAUUCGCUCCAAAAGACGCACACACAUUUCCCCUUACUUUUUAGGAGGGAAAAAGUGAGUCUUAUAGAGCAAAAAAUACCGUAGUUGGAAAGGACCUCUGAUACCUGUCUGUUUGUUUGUCUCUCUCUCUUUCUGUGUGUCUGUUUCUGUUUUCCCCAUACCAGGAUCCCUCCUCGCCCCACAGCGUCAAUUCCUUCUCCUCCCGGGAAAACGGUGUCGAUAAAAUCUCCCUGCAGAGGAAAGAGUCCAUGCAGCUCAGUCCAACAUCCUGCAGUUCCUCCCCACCCCGGAUCACCAAGGAGGUGGUCACGGUACGUGCGUCAUUUCGGGGGAUCUAUGCCUUCCUGCUUUCAGGGGAUCCAGGGAGCAUUUGGGGGGGGGGAAGCCCCGACAAAUGAGGCACAAAGCAGCCCAUUCUCGUACUGUUUCCACGAACGUCUUGGCUUUGUUUGAUGGAUUUCGUACGUUUAUAUGCCGCUUAGAGUAGGAAAACAACCUCGGAGGUAAACUGGUCCCGAGUUGGAAAGGGCUUUACACACUGAUAGUGACACCUUGAAAACACCGUAAGAGUGCAGCAGAGCUGGUCGGAAUAUAGGCGGUCCUUUAGAUGUUCGAAGCUCAUCAUGUUUGGUGCCUCCAGCUAAUUGUUGCGUUAUAUUUAUAAUAUAAUAAGUUUGCUUCCAUCAGAUUGCGAAGCCACAUUAAAGCAUCAAACCUUAAAAACUUCCCUGUAUAAGGCUGCCUUCAGAUGUCUUCUAAAAACCUGUGCCAUUGUUUAUUUCUUUGACAUCUGAUGGGAGGGUGCCACUACCGAGAAGGCCGUGCCACCUCACGUCAUAGCUUUCAACCGUCCCUUAUUUGGCAGGAAAGUCCCUUAUCCCAGCGCCGUGUCCCACUGCUGUCCCUUAUUGAUGAUGCCCCUUAAAUUUCCCAGGUUUCAAAGGUAGCAGCUCCUCUCCCUCCCUCCCUGCCGGUCAGGGAGGAGGGAGGCUCCAACUGUGUUGCUUGGCUGCGUUGCUCACCCCAUAAGGAGUCUGAGAACGACUGGGGGGUGGAGCUUGCAUGCCUUGUGCCGAUCAAAUCGGCCGCGUUGCCUGGGGUCUCACCUUUGCUCAGCGCUUCCCAGCGGAGAGGUGACGGUGGUUUUCCUUGCUGCAUCCCCUUUGCCGGGUUGCUGCGCUGUGGGAACCACCGCUUGAGGCUUCGUUUGGCUGCUGGUUGACUAAAAUCCCUUAUUUUGGCUGCUGAUCCCUUAUUUUCGAGGCUGCUGGUCCCUUAUUUUCAGAUCUGAAAGUUGACAGCUAUGCCUCCCGUCUCGCAGAGACACAACCACCAGAAGACACGCACACACACCCCGAGCUAGACCUCAGUUGUCGUUGUGGUUUUUUCUUCUUUUAAGAGUGGGAAGGACUUUGUCCGCUCUCCCCGAGCUUCUCUGAGAAAGGGAUGGGGGCAGAGGUGUAAAUAAAUGAAAUUAAAGCAGUAAUACCUUCCAGGUAGAGAAAGCGGGCACCCCCGGUUUGAAGUCCAGCACCCCGACUUCCCAAGGUGAAGGGACGGCACCGGGAUCCUCCAGCAGCAGCACGCCCCAGCUCCGUCCAGGGGUCGCGAAGCAAACGGUGGAAUCUCUUGGUAAUGGGGGAGGGGAGGUCGGAAGCUGGUCUGUGAUUUGGGCGGGGAGGUGUGUGUGAACUGCUGUCAAACUGGCCUUCAAGUCCUUUUGGCUCUUUCUUCCUAUAGAAAUAAGGUUGUAAGGCUGUCGUCACGCUGCAGUUCCUGCAACCGCCAGUAGGGGGCCACCCAACUCCAGUGUGACGAGCAGCAGGCAGGAGAGAGAGAAAGCAAGCCGGGCAGGGAGCCCAGGUGAACUUUUUAAUGCAGGCGGAGGCACUGUGAAGUUUGCAGAGCCUCUGUGUGCUUCACAGAGCAGCAAAAGAGCUUCACAAGAACAGCUUGCUAAACUGCUGUGUGAAGCACUCGCCAAAUUAAACUUCGCUGCUGACCUGUUUAAUGGAGUGCUUAUUAUUAUAUCCUAAUAAUCCAUUGUGGGACGCGGGUGGCGCUGUGGGUUAAACCACAGAGCCUAGGACUUGCCGAUCACAAGGUCGGCGGUUCGAAUCCCCGCAAUGACGGGGUGAGCUCCCAUUGCUCGGUCCCUGCUCCUGCCAACCUAGCAGUUCGAAAGCACGUCAAAGUGCAAGUAGAUAAAUAGGUACCACUCCGGCGGGAAGGUAACGGCGUUUCCGUGCACUGCUCUGGUUCGCCAGAAGCGGCUUAGUCCUGCUGGCCACAUGACCCGGAAGCUGUACGCCGGCUCCCUCGGCCAUAAAGCGAGAUGAGCGCCGCAACCCCAGAGUCGACCGCGACUGGACCUAAUGGUCAGGGGUCCCUUUACAGCAUACAGCUUCUGGGUCAUGUGGCCAGCAUGACUAAGCUGCUUCUGGCACACCAGAGCAGCGCACGGAAAUGCUGUUUACCUUCCCGCCGGAGUGGUACCUAUUUAUCUACUUGCACUUUCACGUGCUUUCGAACUGCUAGGUUGGCAGGAGCAGGGACCGAGCAACGGGAGCUCACCCUGUCGCGGGGAUUUGGACCGCCGACCUUCUGAUCGGCAAGUCCUAGGCUCUGUGGUUUAACCCACAGCGCCGCCCGCGUCCCAUCCCUUUACCUUUAUCUCUCAUCUAUUCCUUGAUCCUUUUCUUCCACUUCAGCCCUGAGCCUGCGAAAUCCACUCACGGUCCAGAGCUCCUACCAAGCCGCCUUCAACGUGGCUCACGCGUCCGUCAACGGCGACAUGGCGAGCGCGGGGCCUUACGCGGGGCUGCACCUGGUAACCCCCCAGCUCAAUGGGGCGGCGGUCGUGGGGGCCGCCAGCUACGGGCGCUCCCCUCUGGUGAGUAUUUGAGCCAUUGGGGCUUUGGGAAAUGAGAGAGGGCUGCGCUAUGCUGAGCCAGACCAUUGCUCCAUCUAGACCAGUGCUGCCGACACAGGUUGGCAGCAUCUUUCCAGCAUUUCAGGCAGGGAGAACGUGCUCGGCCCAGCCUAUAGAUGCUGUGGAUUGAGACUGCCAAUGAGCCAUCGCGCCCCCUCAAAGCAAAAUGCAAGGUUCCAGUCCUCAAGUUUCUGAACGAAAGCUAAGUCCGACCUGAGUCGAAGCCCAUCUAGACCAGUGCUGCAUACACUGGCUGGCAGCAGCUAUCCAGCCUUUCAGGUGCCAGGCUUAGCUGAACCCAGAGAUGCCAGGGAGUUGCACCUGGGACCAGCUGAAGACUGGCCACUCUGCCACUGAAUUAAAACCUUCCACCUAAAACUGAAAAGUGUCUGGUCUUCAUGGUUGCGAAAUCGAGGGCAGAUUGAAGUAGCAGCAAAUGGUUUAUUUCUUGAGAAGUGGCAAAUGGCCAUCUCUUCCUGGGAAGAAGCCUUUUUCGUUAUCCUGCAUUCGUAAGAAACUGCAUUUGUAAGAUCUUUUGCCGUGGUGGCGCUUUGAAACUCACUGCUUAUUUCGGCACCAGCUGAAAACAUUUUCCCGCCUGUUCAAGCCCAAACCAGGUGUGUAGAAUAUUGGCCCGUGUUCCAAUCUGGUUUUGUAGCUUAUCAUAGAAUUGUAGAGUUGGACCGGAUCACCCCCCCUGCAAUGCAGGAAUCUUGCCCUGCUGUGUCGUUGAUUCAAAUCAUUAUCUGGAUCUUUUACCUGUCACUGCUGAAGGAAUGGGCUUCUGUGCAGGGACCCAAAAUCCACUUUUUUCCUUUUCCAAGGGAGCAUUUCUAAAAUGCUUUAACUUGAGCUCUUGAGCCAAAACCCAGCUGUAUAAACAAGUGCUCAAAGCUCUCUCCCUUAUCAGUCCAUGAAGGCUGGUAAUGACGGAUGGCCUUGUCCGUUCCAAAGUGGAACAGGGAUGGCACGUCUGGGCCUUAUCUUACGUCCUGACCACAAAGAUGCACAGACCUAGUCCGGGAACAGUGCCAGAGUGUGUUCUUGGAGUUGGUGACCUCUUGCUCCAAGAUAAGAGUAUAGGGGGGACAGGAAUACCCUUUUAUGGUCAGAAGUACAGGAAGCAAUAUUCUUUUAUGGUUAAGAAUACUGGAGCAGGAACAUAUGUGAUGUCAACCUGCGUGUAUAGGCUGACGUGAUUGGAUUCCUGGGGAAGGAGGGAGAGGGUGCCUGGAGGAUAUAUAUACUGCAUGAAAUUUCUUAUUUCUUUGGACUUGCUGUGGACUGACCACGCAAGUGCCUUCUGCUAUCCGGAGAGUAGAAUAAAAGAACUCUUUCUCUGAAUCGACCUCAGUGUCAUUUGACUUCCUUCCUCCCGUCCGGGAGCAGCACAGAGCCCACCAAUCGGUAAAGUCUAAUAAAGCUACACUGCGACAAGCUCCCUUCCCCUCUGCUCUCCCAGAACCAGGAGAGGCAUGAAAAGGGCAGAGGAUAGGUUGGCUGACGCAGGCGCAGUCUCCAAUUGCUUGGGGAAAAACCCUGGAAAGGAGGGAACUAUGGGGAGACGGGCGCUUCCAGCCCUGCCGACUGGUCUCCAUGGAGAAAGACCUGCCAGAGAUGAGCUGCUCCGCCCAUUAGGCCAUGACACUCUGCCAAAUCUGCGUUUUUGCUAAUAGAGAGUUUGCUCCCACUUUGAUUCAGUGCCGGCUGGCUUUGUGAAACUCACGUUGCUUCCUGUUAACCAAAGCAAAUCCUCUCCUCUGGUCUGACCAGGUCGCCUACGACCCUCACUCUCACCUGCGGGUCCCGGGAUUGUCGACAGGGAUGCAGACAGGUGUGGCUUCAGCAAAGCCGUAAGUGAUGGCGUGGGGGUCUGUGCGCGCAGCAAGGGCCGAAUUUGGGGAUUGAGGAGGGUGGCGUCCCACGGCCGAGCCUCGAAAGCAAAGCAACGUUGGCAAUAAACGGUGUCUAAAAAUCUCCCCCUUUGUGUUCCCGUGUCUGAGCCUCUGAAGCUAACAGAUAAUAAUAAUAAUAAUAAUAAUAAUAAUAAUAAUUUUUUAUUUAUACCCCCCCAUCUGGCUGGGUUUCCCCAGCCACUCUGGGCGGCUUCCAACAAACACUAAAAUACAAUAACCUAUUUAAACAUUAAAAGCUUCCCUAAACAGGGCUGCCUUUAGAUGUCUUCUAAAAGUUUGGUAGUUACUUUUCUCUUUGACAUCUGAUGGGAGGGUGUUCCACAGGGCGGGCGCCACCACCAAGAAGGCCCUCUGCCUGGUUCCCUGUAACUUGGCUUCUCGCAGGGAGGGAACCGCCAGAAGGCCCUCUGAGAUAUCUUGAUUUAUUGCUCAGAUAAGCGUCCGGCACGCUUCCCCCAUUGCGUAGGCCUCUGCAUUCCAAAGGGCACAUUCCGAUACUUCUGAGCAUAGCAGAGUUCGUCAGCGGCUAGAGGAAGCCAAAACACUCCAGUGCAUUCUUCAGUGUGCUUAAAUAAAGUCCACUCAGGAUCUUAGCAGCUAAAAGCAGUUUUAUUUACAGCAGGCUAUCCAUUAUCUAUCACAGCGAACAGCAUCGCGAAAACACGUCCUCUCUCCUCAAAAGCGAAAGUAGAGAGACAGAACAAAGACUUUAGUCUCUCGGAACUGACGUAGCAUUUCCCCCCUCCCACCAGUAGGCAGGGCGUACAGUCUGAGCUGUUUAACCCUGUAAGCUCAGGUUCUCCUCACACCCCCUCUCGCUCUGCGCUACUGUGGGGACAGUAAGUACAGAACUUACCCCCAACUCCAAACCACCACAAAACUCCCCAUGACGCUGGAAGCUUAAAGGUUUGGUAAAUCCAUCGGCCAGGUUACUGUGACUGGCACAGUACUUCAGUCGUAUCAAACCUGACUGAACACUCUGACACACAUUUUGGAAACGUAUGUCCAGAUGCUUGGUUCUCGCCUUAAAUUGCGCAGAUUCAGCCAACUUCAAACAAGGCUGAUUGUCUUCCCAAACCGUGAUGGGCAAGCUACAAUCCCCAUAGAUCUCUUGCACCAAGCAUCUAUAGAACUCUAGUUCUCGGCACAAGUCUGACAGUGCACUGAAUUCAGCCUCAGUAGAAGACAGCGCAAUGAGACUUUGCUUCCGGGACUUCCACCCAACCAGUGACUUCCCAAACUUUAUCACCAACCCAGACACAGACUUGCGGUCCUGCGAAUUCGCCCAGUCACUGUCCGCAUAGCAUGUGAGCUUCGCCUCACCUUCAGCUGGCAGCUUAAGACAGAAGUCUUUGGUAUGCUGCAGGUAGCGCAGUACCCGCUUGAUACCGUGCCAAGCACUCACACUGGGCUUUGACGCUUCCCUACUUAGCAGGUUGGUAGCAAAGGCAAUGUCUGGUCUGCUCCAUUGGGACAGAUACAACAGACUACCUAGAGCUGACUGAAAGAGCUCAGCAUUCUCAAACUCAGCACUUUCUGCUUGCUGGCUAUCUUUCACGAAGUUCGUCUCCAUGGGUGUCCGAACUCCUGCACAAUCGGACAUUCUGAACUUCUCCAGCAACUGCUCAAUCUUGCCUUUCUGACUGAGCAAGAAGCUACCAUCCUCAGUUCUCGCUAUCUGGACACCUAGGUAGAUCUUUACUGCACCCAGGUCCUUGAGCUGAAACCGUUUCCCAAGCUCUUUGGCAAACUUCUGCACCUGUUUGUCUGCCUUUCCAACAUGGAUGAUGUCAUCAACGUAAAACAACACCAGUUCCUGUGAGUCUCCUGAUCCUCUAAGGAACAGGCAACUGUCAGCAAGACUCUUCCUGAAACCUAGCUUCUCCAAAGCUUCAUUCAGGCACAAGUUCCAAUUCCUGGCCGACUGCUUCAGGCCGUAAAUUGACUUGUGAAGUUUCCACACAGUACCUCGCUCAUUGCCCUCAAACCCUGGAGGAGGAAGCAUGUACAGAUCCUCCUGGAGGUCUGAGUUCAAGUAAGCAACAUCCACAUCAAAGUGAUGCACCAGCAAACCUCUUUGUGCAGCGAUGGCCAAGACCAAGCGUAGAGACUCACUCCUACACGUGGGCGCAUAAAUCUCCGUAUAAUGCAACCCCCUCUGCUGCGUGAAUCCUCUCGCCACUAAUCUGGCCUUAUACUGCGGUUCUCCUGCCGCUGUGGGCUUAAGACGGUAAACCCAGCGGCUACCCACUGCCUUUUCACCCACCGGCAACUUCGUGAGGGAGAACACACCUAGAGACUCCAUUGAGUUCAUCUCCUUCUGCAUCGCCUCAUGCCAUUUCCUGGCUUCUUCCUGAGGCAGUUUCUGAACAUCCUCAAAACUCUCGGGUUCACACUGUGCCAUUCCGACCCACACACUAGUGACGGCAAACCUGUCAGGAGGUUUCCCCUUGGUCGUCUGUGUUGAACGGCGCAGCACUACUUCAGGAACCCCCUCUGACCCACUAUGUGCUGGUCCCGGGGGUAAGGUACCUUGGGUGUAGCAGAGUCCACACGAAGAGGGGCAAGGUCCGAGGCAGAGAGCCGGGCGGGGAACAGGAAUGCUGGAACAGGAGGCUGUGCAGGGAACAGGAACACCGGAUGGUCGGGAACAGGAGGCCGAGCAGGGAACAGGAGUACCGGAUAGUCAGGAACAGGAAGCCGAGCAGGGAUCAGGAACACAGGAAGGUCCGAAGCCAACAACGACGUUGCUCCCGCAACCUGGGGCCGGGCUGACUGGGCUUUUAUCCUCUUCUAAGGCCAGGGGCGGUCCCGGUCCCCAGGAGCCCCGCCUCCUCUGGCCUUAAGGCGAGCACUCCUCCUGGGGGCAACCAGUUCCCUUCGCCUCUCUGCCCUAAGCCUCUGCAGAUCAGGAGAGGCCGAGAGGGUUACUGGGCCCUGGAGGAGGCUCACCUGUGGCCACUGAGUCAUCAAGCCCCUCUGGGGCCAGAAGGAGCUUCACCUGGGGCCAGCUCCUGAUGCACUGCCACAGGUGCAGGCUCUUCAGCAUCUAGGCCUUGCCCCAGUUCAGCCGGCCCUGGAGGCGGGGACUCCUGUGCAGGCUGGGAUUCCUCUGUUUCAUCCUCCGAAUCGGAAUCCCAGGCCAUCACACCAUCCCCCCUCCCAGGCCCCCCCCUCAACCGAGGGUCCGGACCCGGCUUGCCGGGGUACGUCGCAUGGAACUCUCGGAGGCAGGCAGGUGCGUGGACAUUGGCCGCUGGUUCCCAGGAACGGUCCUCCGGUCCGUACCCCUUCCAGUCAAUGAGAUACUGCAGCUUUCCCCUGCGGUAUCGGGAGUCCAGGAUGCGUUCCACCUCGUACUCAGGCUCUCCCGAACCAACACUGGCUGCGGUCGGGGACGGUCCGGGUGGAACUCGUCGGGUGGGGCCACCGGACUCAAAGGGACCUGUGGAAGACCGGGUGAACCUUCAGGGUUGCGGGUAACCGGAGACGGAAUGCCACAGGAGAGAUUUGGUCUACGAUAGGGAACGGGCCGGUGAAGCGGGCGUCCAACUUCCGCGAAGGUCGAGAGGGGUGGAGGUGGCGAGUGGAGAGCCAAACCAGGUCACCGACGCGAAGUUCCGGCCCCACCUGGCGGUGGCGGUCGGCCUGGGCUUUGUACGCUUCCUUGGCCUGGUGCAGUUGCUCCACCAAAAGCUGUUGCUGGGACUGGAGCUCUUGAAGCCACUCCGUCACCGCCGGGACCGCGGAUGCCGGCAGCACCUCUGGAAACAGCCGUGGAUGAUAACCAUAACUGGCCUGGAACGGGGUCUGCUGGGUGGACGCAUUCACCGCGUUGUUAUAGGCGAACUCCGCCAAUGCCAGGUGGUCGACCCAGUCAUCCUGCUGGUAGCUGCAGUAACACCGGAGGUACUGCUCCAGCACCGCGUUCGCCCGUUCCGUCUGGCCAUCGGUCUGUGGGUGGUAGGCUGACGAGAGGCAGACCUCUGUCCCGAGGGUCUGGUGUAAUGCUCGCCAGAACCGGGAUGUGAACUGAACGCCCCGGUCGGACACCACGCGCUCAGGUAGUCCAUGCAGGCGGAAGACAUGCUGAAGGUACAGCUGAGCAGUUUCCUUGGCUGUGGGUACAGAUGGACAGGGAGCGCAGUGCACCAUCUUGGUGAAAUGGUCGGAGAAAACCAGAAGGCAGGUACAGCCACGAGACGAGGUAAGUCCACUACAAAGUCCAACGAAACCGUGUGCCAGGGGCGCGGUGGAACUGGCAAUGGCUGAAGUAGGCCGGGGGUCGCCCGGUAGGUCCCUUGGCGCGCCGGCAGACAUCACAACCAGCAACGUAGCGAGCCACGUCAGCCUUCAGGCGGGGCCACCAAAACUCUCGACUGACCAGAUGGGUGGUCCGAUACCGUCCAAAGUGCCCCGCUGCUGGGGCAUCAUGGGCCAUCCGGAGAACCUCCAGCCGUAGUGGCCCUGGCGGGAUGUCCAGACGACCGUGGUGCAGCAGAAGGCCCUGAUGCAGGACCAGCCCCGGAUACUGUGGGCUGGACCCUUCAGCCAGCUCCCGGAGUCGUUCCUGGGCCCAAGCGUCGACCCGCUGCUGUUCCCGCACCCGAACCUGCAGUGGCUGCGCCUCCUGGGUGGCCAGGAAUGCAGCCGGAGGUAGGAUCGUGGUGGGUUCUGCUUGCUGUACCGUGUCUGCGUUGUCUUCGGGUUUCCGGGACAGGGCAUCCGCCUUCUGAUUCUGAGAGCUAGGGAUGUAGCGGAUCCGGAACUGGAACCGGGGCAAGAACAACGCCCACCGGAUCUGUCUUUGGUUCAGCUUGCGGGUGGUCUGGAGGUACUCCAGGUUCCGGUGGUCGGUUCUCACCUCCACCGGAUGUCGUGCCCCCUCAAGAUGGUGGCGCCAGACCUCAAAGGCUACCUUGAUGGCCAGUAGUUCCCGCUCCCACACAGUAUAGUUACGCUCCGCUGGUAGGAGCUGGCGAGAAUAGAAGGCACAGGGUAAGAGUGGCGCUUCAGGACCAAUCUGUUGAGACAAGACGGCACCGAGAGCCGUACUGGAAGCGUCGGUCUCCACCACAAAGGGUCGAGAGGGGUCAGGAUGUUGUAAGAUUGGUGCCCUCUGGAAACAGGCCUUCAACCCCUGAAACGCCUCCUCUGCCUCCUUGUCCCAGGAAAACGGCGUCUUUGGGCGCAGUAGCCGGGUCAACGGGGUGGUGCGAUGAGCAUAAUCAGCGAUGAAGGUCCGGUAGUAAUUGGCGAACCCCAGGAAACGCUGCAGGUCCUUGCGGUUCCGGGGUGCCGCCCAUUCUUGAACCGCUGUCACCUCCCCGGGUCCAUUUGCACCCCAUCUGGAGAGAGCCGGUGACCAAGGAAGUCCACAGUCCGCUGAUGGAACUCGCACUUGCUGAGCUUUGCGUACAAACGGUGCUCACGCAAGCGCUGCAGCACGGUCCGGACAUGUCCCUCAUGGCAAGCCGGGUCACGGGAGUAAAUCAGUAUGUCAUCCAAAUACACCACCACGUACUUGUCUAACAAGUCCUGAAACACGUGGUUGAUGUAGCGUUGAAACACAGCAGGCGCGUUGCACAAACCGAAAGGCAUAACCAAAUAUUCGAACUGCCCGUACCGGGUCCCAAACGCUGUCUUCCACUCAUCCCCGGCUCGGAUCCGAAUCAAGUUGUAGGCCCCCCGGAGGUCCAGCUUGGUGAACACCUGUGCCCCUUGCACCCGCUCCAGCAGUUCCGAGAUAAGGGGCAAGGGGUACCGGUCUGGGACGGUAAUUUUGUUCAGGGCUCGGUAAUCAUGGCAAGGGCGGAGUUCCCACAUUUCUUCUUAACGAAAAGCACUGGUGCCGCGGUAGGCGAGGUGGAAGGCCUAAUGAACCCACGCUCCAGGUUCUUGCGCAAGAAGUCCUGCAAAGCCUCGCGCUCUGGCUCUGUUAGGGAAUAUAAGCGACUCACUGGUAAAGGCGCUCCGGGUUGGAGGUCUAUGCCGCAGUCAAAGGCCGAUGUGGCGGCAGCUGGUCUGCCCCCGUUCCUCGAACACGUCCUGGUAGUCCUGGUACACGGCUGGGAGCGUGGGUGCUGCCUCCUCUGAGGCGCGGCCGCCAGCGUUCCGGAUUGAGCAUGGGAACAUGGGUCUGGGAAGUGCACGGUCCGUUUGACCCAGUCAAUCUGAACGUUGUGGGCUUCCAGCCAGUCCAUCCCGAGCACCAGGGGAAGCGGGGCAUAGAGGCAAUGUCCAAAGUCCGCAACUCCCGGUGCUGCUGGAGACACAGGACCAAGGGCUGGGUCUCCUGAGUAACGGCACCUGAACGCAGAAGUCGUCCGUCAAUCGCUUCCACCUGGACCGGUACUGGCUUGUUCCGCAGUGGCACCUGAUGAUGGGCGGCAAAAGCAGCGUCCAUAUAGGAGCGGGUUGCCCCUGAAUCUACCAAAGCAUGGGUGAGGAUCCAGGGCCCACCUGGAGGGUAUAAACGUACUGAAACCAUAAGAUGUUGCAAGUCCAUUGGUGCGGGCCCAUUCUGUACGGUUUGGGACCCCCGGUAGCUAGGGCCAUCAGCUACUGGGGUUGGCGGUUUCCCUGCGGCUGGCGUUUCUCAGGGCAGGACCGAGCGAAGUGUCCACUUCCGCCACAGUAAAGACAGAGAUUUCCCUCCCGACGCCGCGCCUUCUCUGCGGGGAAAAGGCGUGGCCGCACUGCCCCGAGCUGCAUAGGCUCCUCCGUUAAAUCAGUUGUGACCGUGGGGCUGCCGGAAAAAGCUGGUGCCGUGAACUGGAAGUGUCGGCGACCCGGGCCUGACGACGAUCCUCCAACCGGUCGUCUAUUUGUAGACUCCGUUGAAUGAGAGUGUCCAGCGUGGUGGGGCGUUCCAUUGUGGCCAACUGGUCCAGUACCUCGUCCGAAAGCCCUUCGAGAUACUGGUCCCGCAGUGCCGAGUCAUUCCAGGUCAAGUCCUGUGCCAACAGCCGAAACUCCGUGGUAUAUGUGGCCACCGUGGACUUGCCCUGUUUCAAACGCCGAAUCGCCCGGUUGGCUUGACUCUCUUUCUGGGGGUUGCCGAGCGCGGCCUCCAAGCGAUUGCAAAACCCCGUAUAGUCUGCCAGCAAGGGGAGUCUUGCCUGAGUAACGGCAACGCCCACUUGGCCGCCUGGUCCUUUAACAAACUAAUCAAAAAGUGCACCUUGGUGCGGUCGUCAGGAAAGUUCCGGGCUCGCCCCUGAAUAUACAGCUUGGCCUGGGCCAGGAACAUGGGAAAGCUGGCCGGGGCUCCAUCAAAUUUCUCAGGCAAAGCCACUGGGUACUUGCCCGGAGCCGGGCGUCGGCCCCAGGAGCCGGUAGGGCUUCCAAGCGUUGCUGAAGUGCCACAACCGCGUCGCUGAGCUGCUGCACGGUGUGAUUCAAGGCCUGGUUCUCCUGGGCCAAAGCCACCAGUGCAGCCGCCUGUUCAGCCAUGGCCUCUGGCUCUUCCCGAACGCACCCCUACGAAGGGGAAGUGCGGGUGUGGCGGGAGCAAACUGUGCUGGUCCCGGGGGUAAGGUACCUUGGGUGUAGCAGAGUCCACACGAAGAGGGGCAAGGUCCGAGGCAGAGAGCCGGGCGGGGAACAGGAAUGCUGGAACAGGAGGCUGUGCAGGGAACAGGAACACCGGAUGGUCGGGAACAGGAGGCCGAGCAGGGAACAGGAGUACCGGAUAGUCAGGAACAGGAAGCCGAGCAGGGAUCAGGAACACAGGAAGGUCCGAAGCCAACAACGACGUUGCUCCCGCAACCUGGGGCCGGGCUGACUGGGCUUUAUCCUCUUCUAAGGCCAGGGGCGGUCCCGGUCCCCAGGAGCCCCGCCUCCUCUGGCCUUAAGGCGAGCACUCCUCCUGGGGGCAACCAGUUCCCUUCGCCUCUCUGCCCUAAGCCUCUGCAGAUCAGGAGAGGCCGAAGGGUUACUGGGCCCUGGAGGAGGCUCACCUGUGGCCACUGAGUCAUCAAGCCCCUCUGGGGCCAGAAGGAGCUUCACCUGGGGCCAGCUCCUGAUGCACUGCCACAGGUGCAGGCUCUUCAGCAUCUAGGCCUUGCCCCAGUUCAGCCGGCCCUGGAGGCGGGGACUCCUGUGCAGGCUGGGAUUCCUCUGUUUCAUCCUCCGAAUCGGAAUCCCAGGCCAUCACACACUAGGGCCAGCCAGAACGUCCUCGGCAUCAGAGAGCUCCCCCUCUGACUUACUGCGCCUUCUGGACUUCUCAGCUGAACCUGUGGGGGAAGAUGGAGCACUGCGUUGCUCACUCUUCACAGCCUUGGGAGAAGUUCUCCCCUCUGCCUGCACUGGGUCUGGACUCUGAGCCUCAGUCGCAGGUUCAACCUCUUCCUCUCCUUCAUCAGCAGAGUCUAGCAGACUCUCUGACAGGAUGUCAGGGUUCCCAUGUAUCCUUGCCCAGCCACUCUGCUCACAGAAUUCAGCACUGUUGCUGAGCAGAAUCCUGGACUGAUUCCCUGACGGAUAAGCAAACCUCCACCCCUUGGUCCCUGGCUCAUACCCACAAAAAUCAUCUUUUGGGACUUGGGUUCACCUUUCUUGCGUUUGGCCUUUGGUAUGGGGACCCAAGCCUCACAGCCAAAAACGCGGAAGUAGUGCACUUUCGGUUUCUUGCCAUGGAGCAAGAAGUACGGUGUGUCACCUACCACUGAAUUGAACGACCUGUUCAGAAUAAAGUUGGCCGUUCGCCAAGCCUCCCCCCAAAAACGCUGUGGGAGCCCGGCAUCAAACAAAAGAGCUGCGGACUUAUCCCAUAGAGUCCUGUUCCUGCGUUCCGCGAUCCCAUUCUGUUGGGGACUGUGUGGAGAAGUCAACCUGUGUUGAAUCCCCUUUUUGCGGAAGAAACUUUGCAGUGCAGACCCGGUGAACUCCCCACCGCGAUCGCUCUGAAAGUUUUGCACCCGUGUGGAAAACUGCAGUUCCACAGCCGCAAUCCAGUCUUUGAUUAGCGGCGCAGCUUCAUCUUUGCGCCGAAGCAAAAAACACCAAGAAUUCCUAGUAUGGUCAUCAAUCAGAACCAGCGAAUAUUUGGCUCCGCCCAAACUGCUCACAGAAAACGGUCCACACAAAUCUGCAUGAAUUAAUUGAAAAGCCCUAGUGGUCACCCUCUCAGACCUAGGGUAUGUGCACGUUUUCACCUUUGCGGACUUGCACGCUCUGCAAUCUAGAAACUUAGCACAUGAUUUCAUUUUGCACCCUUGCGUAUACUCUGGGAUCCUUCUCACCGACCCCCACGACACGUGUGCCAUACGUCUGUGCCAGAGAUGUUGACACGCAUCAUGAACUGGAACAUUGGCACACUGCGCUUGAGCCUCCUCCGUGUCAUCCGUGUCAUCUGGACCUGCAAAAGAAGCAUUUAUCACAAACAACCUGUCUUUACAUUCAACACUGACUAGGUGCUGUCCAUUCUUGGAAAUAGAACACUUAUUGUUCUCAAAACACACUCUGUAGUUCUCAGCAAGAAGUGCACUGACAGACAGCAACGCGCAGGACAGUCCUGGAACAACAAAAGCCUGGAUUGAGUCCUGCAAGAAAGAACAAAACAGUGAGCCACUCUGCGUGAGUGGGUGUCGAGUCCCAUCUGCUAAACAGACAGUCUUCCCAGUUUUUACAGAGGUGCAAUUCUCCAGGAAUCCACUAGAUGGCACAAGAUGAUGAGAUGCUCCUGAGUCGACCACAAAAGCCAGCUCAGCAUCCUGUUGACAACUCUUGACUACAGCCAUAGAGGCAGCCAAAUGUUUACGUUCAGUGUCUCUGCCAGCUGCCUUCGGCUUGCCUUUCCCACGCUUCGAAGACGAGCUCUUUAUCUGGUUGCUACGGGAGACGGCCUUGGGCUGUUCCUCCACUGGACAUUCUCUCACCAGAUGGGAGGGGGAGCCACAGCGAUAACAGCGGCGACGCGUAGCAACAGCUCUCACAGCUCCCUCUUCAGCCAUUCCUUUGUUCCCAGCACCCCCACCUUUGGGUGCACAGCCUGGGCCUGCACGCUCCCCAGCACUCUGGUUGUAGGCCUCAACAUCACACGGCCCCUCGGAGACAAAGCAGCUACUCCCAGCUGUAACUUUAGGAACAUGGCCAGCAGCCCCCCUCUGGGCUCUCAGCUUCCUCCCUGCUCUCGGCUUUCUCCCGGCCCUGGGCUCCUGCUGAGUUCUCACACAGACUCCUCAGCACCUGCCAGGCGGCCUGAGCCGACUCAAUGCCCUCCAGGUGGGGCAACAGCAUAGCGUCCACGCUUGCUCUCAACAUGCAGAGCUCCUUUGCAUUCUCAGCUCUCUAUCUUCCAGGAGAGCAGCCUCCCAGUUCUGCUCCUCCUUCUUCAGCAGCAACUGGCAUGGGUGGGGCGGGCUCCUUCUGGGCUAUAUCCCAGAACCCUGUGGCCAAAAACCACCCCUGACUCUUCUAACCCAGAUAUCCCAGGACUGGGUUGUGAGUUUUUCAAACGGGACAUCAUAAAAGUCCUGGAGCUCAGCCAUCUCCCCCAGUGCUCCCAUUGGGGCUUUGAAGUACUCACACGUACCAGCCAGCUUCAAAGGAGAGGCCUCCAGUGGCUCCUUGCAGCACACAGCUUGCAUCCAGCUUUGCAGCACACAGCUUGCCUGCUUUCUCCCAGGCGAAGCCUCAAAGCAGGACUUUUGCAUUCCGGCAGCAAAACAACAGCUUCUCAGUUUCCAGCCUUCUUAAGCACACAGCACAUCAAAGCAGGCUUCCUCUAAUUGCAAUUACUGCCCCCAUAACCUCUGAGAUAUCUUGAUUUAUUGCUCAGAUAAGCGUCCGGCACGCUUCCCCCAUUGCGUAGGCCUCUGCAUUCCAAAGGGCACAUUCCGAUACUUCUGAGCAUAGCAGAGUUCGUCAGCGGCUAGAGGAAGCCAAAACACUCCAGUGCAUUCUUCAGUGUGCUUAAAUGAAGUCCACUCAGGAUAUUAGCAGCUAAAAGCAGUUUUAUUUACAGCAGGCUAUCCAUUAUCUAUCACAGCGAACAGCAUCGCGAAAACACGUCCUCUCUCCUCAAAAGCGAAAGUAGAGAGACAGAACAAAGACUUUAGUCUCUCGGAACUGACCGUAGCAUUUCCCCCCUCCUCUCCACAGUGGGCAGAGCGUACACUCUGAGCUGUUUAACCCUGUAAGCUCAGGUUUUCCUCACAGGCCCUCGGCACUGGACCUCAGUGUCCGGGCAAAAUGAUGGAGGUGGAGACACUCCUUACUGGACUGAGGCCAUUUAGGGCAUUAAAGGUCAGCCCCAACACUUUGAAUUGUGCUCUGAAAUGUACUGGGAGCCAGUGUAGGUCUUUCAAGACCGGUGUUAUGUGGUCCCGGCGGACACUCCCAGUCACCAGUCUAGCUGCCGCAUUCUGGAUUAGUUGUAGUUUCCGGGUCACCUUCAAAGGUAGCCCCACAUAGAGCGCAUUGCAGUAGUCCAAGCGAGAGAUAACCAGAGAUAACCCCUUGUGUGGACAGUUCUGUGUUUGGGUUUUUUGGGGGGUGGCAGAGGGGCCUGAAACGGAGUUUACAGGAAAAGGGCUUGGCCGGCAGGGCAGGAGAGGCCUACGCCACAACAGCGUUUUGCAAGGUCUCCCUUGUUUGGUGCAGAACUUUUCCUUAAGUCGUGCUGUUAUUCAGUUCAAUGGCGGGAAAGAUUUUAGGGGAACGGCAGUUCACGACGCCUUCCUAGGCCCCUGGAGGGAGGCCUCACUCCGCAGGGAAUGGCGGUCCAGUGUCUUUUGGCCAUUCUGUUCGCACCCAAAGCCUGCUCCCCGCUUCCCCCGCAGAGCGUACUCCUUCCACGUCAGCUCCGACGGGCAGAUGCAGCCGGUGCCCUUCCCGCCCGACGCCCUCAUCGGCUCGGGCAUCCCUCGCCACGCCCGCCAGCUCCACACCCUGAUGCACGGGGAGGUGGUCUGCGCCGUCACCAUCAGCAAUUCCACGCAGCACGUCUACACGGGGGGCAAAGGCUGCGUGAAGGUGUGGGACGUGGCCCAGCCGGGCGCAAAGACCCCCGUGGCGCAGCUGGACUGCCUGGUACGUACGAGGACGGGUGUGUGUGCGUUGGUUUGCGUGACUCGGUUUCCCAAGUGCAUCCCUAGGGUCUCCCAGGACUUGGGUGCUCUCGUGGUCCUUGCAAGAUGCGGCUGCCGUUUUUAUUGCUUCCUGUCUUUUAAAAGAAAUAUAUCACCAUCAUUCCUUCUAGCACUGAUCUUCGGGGGUGAGUGCCAAUCAUUUCUCAUUCAAAAAUGGCACUUUCCAUGUAUAAGUGGGGAGAAAACCCAAAGGGUCAACCCGCUAAAAAUUAAAUCAGUUAAUGAGGGAUGGGCCUGGAAUUAUGACUUUCUGUUUGGGGUCAGGUCAGGGAAAGAGGACACGGAAUGGAGUCUCUGACAAAGGGUGUGGCUGGCAGGCUGGAGCCCUGAGCAGAAUCACUCCAUUUGCAAUUUUAUAUUCUAACCUAGAGUAAACCUUAAGCUGCUUAAAGGCUGGAAUGGGGUCAGGUGUGUGGGGAGCGAACAUGGAAUGGAGUCUCCAACUAAGGUUUGUGGCUGGCAGGCUGCAGCCCUGAGCAGGAUCACUCCACCUGCAAUUUUAUUUUCCAAGUGUGACUUAAUAAACCUUUUGCCUAUUCGGUUGGCCAAGAAUUCAGACGUGUGGGAUAUUUCUGUUCUGCGUGUGCUAUUUCUAUCGCUUACGAAAGAAACUGGGAAUAUCGCCACUCCCUCUAAAGUCAAAUCCCGAACGCCUUGCAAGUCGAACCUUUCGGCUCCCGAACGCCGCAAACCCGUAAGUGACUGUUCCGGUUUGCGAACGUUCUUUGGAACCCGAACGCCCGACGCGGCUUCCGAUUGGAGCUUCCUGCGGCCAAUCGGAAGCCGCACUUUGGUUUCCGAACGUUUUGGAAGUUGAAUGGACUUCAGAACAGAUUCCGAGGUACAACUGUAUUCGCAAUCUUCAGGGGUGAGCGCUGAUCGUUUUUGCCAUUCCGAACGGUGCCGACCGCUUCCUUAAACCUCUUCCUCCCUCACCACAGAACCGAGAAAACUACAUCCGGUCAUGCAAGCUCCUCCCCGACAGCAGAAGUUUGAUCGUGGGCGGGGAGGCCAGCACCCUCUCCAUUUGGGACCUGGCGGCACCGACUCCCCGGAUCAAGGCGGAACUGACGUCCUCUGCCCCGGCCUGCUACGCCCUCGCCAUCAGCCCCGAUGCCAAGGUCUGCUUUUCCUGCUGCAGCGAUGGCAACAUCGUGGUCUGGGACCUGCAGAACCAAACCCUUGUUAGGUGAGUCUUACCUGCUAGCAGUCUGUCUCCAGUACUGUUUUGGGGGGACAGGGGGCAGGCAGGUGUGGGGGAUUCCCUGGUCCUGAAUGGGGUAACUGUGCCCCUGAAGGACCAGGUGCGCAGCCUGGGAGUCAUUUUGGACUCACAGCUGUCCAUGGAGGCGCAGGUCAAUUCUGUGUCCAGGGCGGCUGUUUACCAGCUCCAUCUGGUACGCAGGAUGAGACCCUAUCUGCCCAUGGACUGUCUGGCCAGAGUGGUGCAUGCUCUGGUUAUCUCCCGCUUGGACUACUGCAGUGUGCUCUACGUGGGGCUACCUUUGAAGGUGACUCGGAAACUGCAACUAAUCCAGAAUGCGACAGGUAGACUGGGGACUGGGAGCGGACACCAAGACCACAUAGCACCGGUCUUGAAAGACCUAUAUUGGCUCCCAGUACAUUUUGGAGCACAAUUCAAAGUGUUGGUGCUGACCUUUAAAGCCCUAAAUGGCCCAGUAUACCUGAAGGAGCGUCUCCACCCCCAUCGUUCUCUCCGGACACUAAAGAACCAACUUUGGAAAUUACUGCUUUAGUGGGACACCCGUUUCAGAAAAAAGACCUUUUUACCAGCAAAAACGUCACCCUUCUGUGAUGACCCGUAAGUGUUGUUGUUGAGUCGUUUAGUCGUGUCCGCCUCUUUGUGACCCCCUGGACCAGAGCACGCCAGGCACUCCUGUCUUCCACUGCCUCCCGCAGUUUGGUCAAACUCAUGUUAGCAGCUUCGAGAACACUGUCCCACCAUCUCAUCCUCUGUCCUCCCCUUCUCCUUGUGCCCUCCAUCUUUCCCAACAUCAGGGUCUUUUCCAGGGAGUCUUCUCUUCUCAUGAGGUGGCCAAAGUCUUGGAGCCUCAGCUUCAGGAUCUGUCCUUCCAGUGAGCACUCAGGGCUGAUUUCCUUCCGAAUGGAGAGGUUUGAUCUUCUUGCAGUCCAUGGGACUCUCAAGAGUCUCCUCCAGCACCAGAAUUCAAACGCAUCAAUUCUUCGGCCAUCAGCCUUCUUUUGGUCCAGCUCUCACUUCCAUACAUCACUACUGGGAAAACCAUAGCUUGAACUAUACGGACCUUUGUCGGCCAGGUCAUGUCUCUGCUUUUUAAGAUGCUGUCUAGGUUUGUCAUCGCUUCUCUCCCAAGAAGCAGGUGUCUUUUAAUUUCGUGACUGCCGUCACCAUCUGCAGUGAUCAUGGAGCCCAAGAAAGUAAAAUCUCUCACUGCCUCCAUUUGUCCCCCUUCUAUUUGCCAGGAGGUGAUGGGACCAGUGGCCACGAUCUUAGUUUUUUUGAUGUUGAGCUUCAGACCAUAUUUUGCGCUCUCCUCUUUCGCCCUCAUUAAUUUGCCAGUCGGGGUUCUGAGCAUAGCUGUCAACGUUUCCCUUUUUUAAGGGUAAUUCCCUUAUUCCGAAUAGGAUUCCUCGCAAGAAAAGGGAAAAGUUGACAGCUAUGGUUCUGAGUGCUUUCAGAAAAUAGCACCUGGUGCUUUGAAGGCCCGAAGUUCAGCUGUCUAUUGGGGCUUCAAAGCACCAGUGCUGUGCGAGACCCAGAUGAUUGAUUAUUCCAACGUGUCUAAUCUGUCAUUCCUGGAAUAUUGGGUGACUCUCCUUUUAUCUCUUCCUUUCCAGGCAGUUCCAGGGGCACACGGACGGCGCCAGUUGCAUCGACAUCUCGAACGACGGCACCAAGCUUUGGACGGGAGGCCUGGACAACACCGUGCGGUGCUGGGACCUCCGAGAAGGGCGCCAGCUUCAACAGCACGACUUCACCUCACAGGCAUGGGGAGGGGGGCAAAGGAGGGGGCAGAAGGGGGAGGAGACUCACCUGGUUGAAGUGGGCAUGGCCUCUGGGCAGCCAUUAACAGUCGCCAAUGAUAGACGUAGCCUCCCAGAACCCUCUUGAAAAAGACAUCUGUGUUAGCGUCUAUCGCUUUCUUGUGGCGGUGAGUUCCAUACGUUAACGAGUCCUUGUGUGAACAAGGACUUCCCUGAAUCUCUUACCAAUUUAUAGAUUUAUGAACAAGCGAGAAAAAGCUUUCUUCUAUUGGCAGUGGGCAUAACUUUAUACAUAUCACAUCAUUUUUUUAAAAAAAUACCUUUUUUGUUGUUUUCAAAAUACUUUUUGGCAUGGGGAGGUGCUAAAUCCCUGGGGAUUUUUCUGCCUUGUUUUCUUUAGCUUAAAAACAAGAAUUCAGAAAUGUGAGGAGCAGAGAGGGGUGCUACAGUCUCCCAAAGAAAAAUUCCGUCCCCAAACUCCUGGCAAUCUUCUUUCCAUCCACUCACCCUCUGGUUUCUCGGAGAUUUCAGCGGGUUGUUCCCUGUCAGUAAUAACGAGAACUAGAAACUGGGGUGCACAUGUGAGAGAAAUCGCUGUGUCGACUUCCGGGUCAGCACCAUUGGUGAAUGGUGGAGUUCCUCCGACCGGAGGAACGGGCUCCGUGGAAACUGGGUCUUCCCACCGCGGCGAAGGUGGGGACCCGCUAGAAAUCCCAGGCGGAGGAAGCCUGGGAACGUGGAGUUCGGCAGGGCACCAGAAGCGCCCCCCUACUCGCGGGGAAUCCCAUCUAGGGGCUCCGGAGCGAAGUGGGGUGAGAAGCGCGGUGCUACGAACUGACUGCUACUUUCACGGAGUGAAGCCGCACAGCCAUUGCCAGAGAGCGCUGACUUUUUCCUGUGGACAAUUGGAUUUAAAACAAGUAGCCGUGAGUAGAAACGGAAAAUUGGAUCAAGAAAUUGUUUAAUUUGGUAUCGAAGCGGGAAGGUGCAAACAGGAAGUCCGCCUUCCGCUUUUUUGUAUAUAGACUAAAGCAAAAAUUUUGCAAGCUAAAGCCGGGAGCUGUCAAAAAAGACUAAAGUUCCUUCAUUCAGAACUACUGAAACCCCCCUUGGAAGCAGGAGAAAAGGGGGGGGACUCUGUUUAACCCUGGCAGGAGAGGGAGUGAAGAAGGAUAAGUUUCCACCGUCUCUAACCUGGGAACGGGGUGUCAGAGACAGAAACUGUUGGAGAGGUUCAUUGACUGUGAACGUAAUACUUUGACAGAUAGCUAAUGAAGAGAAACAAGUGGAUUCUAAUGUUGCCUUUUGCAUUUUAAAGAAACAAAAUAUCUGAAAAACAUCUGAAAUAUCUGAAAAAUGAAAGUAACUUUCCUUUGUCUUCAAAAAAAAAAAUGGAUACAAAUAGUUUGUCUCCUCUAGAGGGAGCUUGCUAAAUUGUUGCUGUAGGAUAUUUGAGACCCAACAUCUGUGAGAUUAAGACUGUGGGAACAGUCUUUUCUGACCUUGAACAAAGAUGAGCUGGGAGGGAGACUGGGUGCUUGCUCUAUGCAAGACAAAUGCUUUGCUGGAACAGAUGCAUGAGAAGAUGGACUUGAUGAAUGAGAAAAUGGAUUUGACUGUUGUGGUUGAUAACUGUGGACAAACAGGGAACAUUGAUACAGAAAUCAGUCAGGAACCAACCUAUGAAUUUGUACUGACUGGGCAAGUGCAGAUGACAAUGGAGGAGGAUGCGGCUGCACCUCAAAUAGUACAAAUGGAGAGACCCGAGGCCCUACAGGAGCAUAAGCCGCUGUUAUUGAAGAUUGAAAUUGGAGUGGGCCAAGGGGAGUCUGGAGAUGAGGAGAUUCCUAGCUUUGGAGAGAUCUUGAAAUUUGAUUUUAAAUACAUUUUGGAUUAUAUCGAGGACUGUGGGGAGUGGGACUGUGGGGAAUGGGCGAGCUGGAUGAAGGGUGAUGGAGACAAUUUUGGGUUGGAAUCCCCCAGAGAACUACUCCUCAAUGAGAAAGGAAAGAAACUAAGACAGAGACCAACAAAAGACAAGGAAAAGGGCAAGCAUAAACAAGAUGAAGAAGAAUUGCAGAAGGGACAUGGAAGAGACUUAAGGGCCUCGGACAUAAGGCUUCCAGGUUGAUGGACUAGAUGGAAUGGACAGUAAGGACUGACACGACCCGAGACCAGGAAGAAGAGACGCUGGAUGAUGAUUGAAAGAGAAUUUAUAAUGGAAAUUUUGUAUUUUAGAAUCAGCUUAAUGAAUAUUAGGGAAAAUGUGGGAAUGAAACUAUACGACUCUAGCAGAAAUGUUAUCAGGAGCUAUGUAUAUUUGAAAACUAAGAUUUAAGUCUUAAGGUACAUAGGGGUAAGAUAAGGUUAAAUAAAUUAAGAUAAUUUGAAUAACAGAAUAUGGGGAAAGAUGGAAAGGAUUUGUUGAGUUAAUUAUUAGGUUAAAUUGUUAAGAUAAAUUUUAUAACAAAAAUUGAGAAAGAUGGAAAGAAUUUGCUGAAAUAAUUAUCAAACUAGAAUACAAAAAGGGAGGUGUGAGGAGGUCAAUGAAACAAGCAAAUGGAAAUUAUGGAUAUGCAAUUUGGGAUUUGUGGGUUUUUUCUCCUUUUUUUUCUUUUUCUUUAUUUUCUUUUGUUGUAUUGUCGUAUAUUUUGUGCUUUUCUCUUUUUUAUUUAUUUAUAUUUUUUUGUAUUGUAGUGUUGUUGUUUUUUAUUUUUCUUGUAAUCCUGAAAUUAUCAAUAAAUAUUAUUAAAAAAAAAAGAAAUCGCUGUGUCCUGGGCAACCGAAAUAAUUACACCAUCCGCCCAGCACUUUCCAUUUUUGCUUCUCGCCUCCAUCCACGUUGCAACUAGAACUGAGGACUAAAACUUGGUGGGGGUUGAAAUUAAGGCAGAGGCUUGCGGAACGCACUGGGAGCUGACCAGUAGGUGGCGCUAAAGCUAAUGGCAGGCAGAGCCACUUCCUGACAAGUUGAAGUGAGAAGUCAGGCUUAAAGUAGUUUUUGCACUGCUCCAUUCGCCCUAAUGGCUCAGCCACCACUGUUUCCCCCCUCCCCCCCCUUCCAGAUUUUUUCCCUGGGUUACUGCCCCACAGGGGAGUGGUUGGCGGUCGGUAUGGAAAGUAGCCACGUCGAAAUCCUUCACGUCUCGAAGCCCGAGAAGUACCAACUCCAUCUCCAUGAGAGCUGCGUCCUCUCCCUCAAGUUCGCCUCCUGCGGUAAGCCUGGGGUUUCUGCGAAAAUUAUUAUUAUUAUUGAUUUAUGUACUGCCCUUCAUCACAGGGUCUUGGUGCGGUUCACGGAAUAAAAUUACACAAGAGACAUAUUUUGUACUAUGAACAGCUCAAAUUGCCAAGUGCAGCUUUUAAAUCGGGGGAGGAGGUAAAGAGUAGACAGACUGACGGGUGCUUCUACAGGAUAGGGCCCCUUCCAGCCAUAGCUGUCAAGCGUCCCUUAUUUGGUGGGAAAGUCCCUUAUCCCAGCACCGUGUCCCGCUGCUGUCCCUUAUUGAUGAUGUCCCUUAAAUUUCCCGGGUUUCAAAGGAAGCAGCUCCUCUCCCUCCCUCCCUGCCGGCCAGGGAGGAGGGAGGCUCCAACUGUGUUGUUUGGCUGCGUUGCUCACCCAAUAAGGAGUCUAAGAACGACUGGGGGGUGGAGCUUGCAUGCCUUGUGCCGAUCAGAUCGGCCGCCUUGCCUGGGGACUCGCCUUUGCUCAGCGCUUCCCAGCGGAGAGGUGACGGUGGUUUUCCUUGCUGCAUCCCCUUUGCCGGGUUGCUGCGCUGUGGGAACCACCGCUUGAGGCUUCGUUUGGCUGCUGGCUGGGCUUUCUGCCUUUGGCUCGGAGGGGCUCAGAAGUUGAACAUACCUUUGCUUGGAAAAUCCCUUAUUUUCAAGGUUGCUGGUCCCUUAUUUUCGAGGCUGCUGGUCCCUUAUUUUCAAAUCUGUAAGUUGACAGCUAUGGUCAGAUGAGAUUAUUCUCUUUAUUGAGAGGCAGCAAACAGCCUGUUUCUCCCCCCUUUACAGGGAAAUGGUUUGUGAGCACUGGGAAGGACAACUUAUUGAACGCCUGGAGGACACCCUACGGGGCCAGCAUAUUCCAGGUAAGAGAGAGCCAGGGUCAGCCCGCUGAUGGGUGAGAGAGGAGACCUAUGCAGUGUGGCUGUGGACUAACAAUUCAUUUAUCCGUAAGAAUUGGUGGUAAUUCGUCUAGCUUCCAAACGCACACCCCUUUCUCCGAUCAAAUAAGUUGUCUGGAGAGUUGUUGAUUUUUCUAGACGGGGUAGGCAAACUAAGGCCCGGGGGCCGGAUCCGGCCCAAUCGCCUUCUAAAUCCGGCCCGCAGACAGUCCGGGAAUCAGCGUGUUUUUACAUGAGUAGAAUGUGUCCUUUGAUUUAAAAUGCAUCUCUGGGUUAUUUGUGGGGCAUAGGAAUUCGUUCAUUUUUUUCUUCAAAAUAUAAGCCGGCCCCCCACAAGGUGUUAAGGGACAGUGGACCGGCCCCCUGCCGAAAAAGUUUGCUGACCCCUGUUCUAGACAGUCAAGGGUCCAGAAACCGAGCCUGAUGAGGAACGGUUGAAGGAGCUGGGUAUGUUUAGCCUGGGAGAUAGAGGAGAUAAUGAGAGCCACCUUCAAACAUCUCCAGGGCUGUCGCGUGGCGGAUGGAGAAAAUUUGUUUUCUUCUGCUUCAGAGGGCAGGACUCGAACCCACGGCUUCCAGUGAUGGUUCCAACUAAACAUUAGGAAUAAAUUUUCAGCACGGGGAAAACGGACUCCAUCGGGAGAUGGACUCCUUCCGUGGAGGCUAUUAGGCAGAAGUUCAGUCAAUGCUUUAGCUGAGAUUCCUGCAUUGCAGAGGGGUUGGGAUGGAUGACCUUUGGGUUCCUUCCAACUUUUUUGCUUCCAUUUUUUUCCUAGCAUUUAUUGGAGGGUUUUAGUUUUAAAGUUUUGUUUCCUGAGGUUCGGGGCGAGAAAGGUGACCUCCUGCUCUCGUGAAAACCAAACCUGGCCUCGUUUCAACACCAGCAGCCAGACUGGUGACUGGGAGCAGCCGCUGAGACCAUAUAACACCAGUCUUGAAAGACCUACACUGGCUCCCAGUACGUUUCUGAGCACAAUUCCAAGUGUUGGUGCUGACCUUGAAAGCCCUAAAUGGCCUCGGCCCAGUAGACCUGAAGGAGCGUCUCCACCCCCAUCGUUCAGCCCGGACACUGAGGUCCAGCUCCGAGGGCCUUCUGGCGGUUCCCUUAUUGCGAGAAGUGAGGUUACAGGGAACCAGGCAGAGGGCCUUCUCGGUGGUGGCGCCCGCCCUGUGGAACGCCCUCCCGUCAGAUGUCAAAGAGAACAACUACCAAACUUGUAGAAGACAUCUGAAGGCAGCCCGGUUUAGGGAAGCUUUUAAUGUUUGAUGUAUUACAGUAUUUUAAUAUUUUUUUGGAAGCCGCCCAGAGUGGCUGGGGAAGCCCAGCCAGAUAGGUGGGGUAUAAAUAAUAAAUUAUUAUUGUUAUUAUUAUUAUUAACCCUUUCUCUUCCCCAUCCCUUUUUUAAAAAACACACUUUCAGUCCAAGGAAUCUUCGUCGGUCCUCAGUUGCGACGUUUCCACCGACGACCAGUUCAUCGUCACCGGUUCCGGAGACAAGAAGGCAUCCGUCUACGAAGUGAUGUAUUGA